AGUGCCUGAAUAAUAAGUACCUAUAUUAAUACUUGGUUUCACCGGCACUUCCCAGGCCAGACCAGACCCAAUAUGAAUGUAGGUACUCGCAUCUUUUUGUGUACUACCUACUACCUACUGCCUACUCUCUACUGGAUACCCGGCGAGCCUAGAUAGAUGCUUGUUAUAGUCCCCCAGCAUCGUAAUUGUGAGAAAAGAGGUAGGGUAGCUAAGGGUACCUAGAGUUUCCUAGCUUGCCCUACCCCUCACAAGACCCUCACCCGUAACCACGCACCAAGGUGACUUGCUAAGCGCACCUACCUACAUACACAGUACUUGCAUGAUACAGUCGUACCUACACAUGGAUGAAGUAUCGAGCACGCAAAUCUCCCAGAUUGCGAUACCUCUCAGCAUAGCGCAUACAUGUACCUAUGCAGUACCUAGGUAGUGUGCAGGCAGGUGAGGAAACGUGGGUGGGCUGGUGGGGUCAAGAAGAAGGACGCUAAACAUCCCACCAGAAUCCCACCUCCUACACAGCCGUGCGUACACAGCUUACACGCCUACUUAAUCCCCUCGUAGUCCCCAGUUCUCUCGCCCGUCCUGGCAACUCGACCAUUAGCUCUCAUCUGCAUACUUCAAAUCGUCCACGCAUCACAGCUCCAAGGCCACAUUCUCACACAACCUCUUUUCCACAAUGGGUGUCACCAAAACAACCCUACAAGAGGGUGACGGCGCCGUGCCCACCUCCGGCCAGACCGUCACCAUUGAGUACACUGGCUGGCUUAAGGACGCCAGCAAACCCGACAACAAGGGAGACCAGUUCGACUCCUCUGUUGGCCGAGGCGACUUCGUCACUAGGAUUGGUGUUGGCCGGGUUAUCAAAGGUUGGGAUGAGGGUGUUACCCAAAUGAAGGUGGGAGAGAAAGCCACUCUAGACAUUACCAGUGACUACGGCUACGGCGCCCGUGGCUUUACUGGUCACAUCCCACCCAAUGCCGACUUGAUCUUCGAUGUUCACCUGAAAAAAGUGCAAUAGUGAAGUCCCGCCGGCUUAGAAAUCUCACUGUAUUCGAUGUGCAGCAGAUUCGUGCUUUAUUAUGGAGUUGGUUUGUUGUUGGUGGAAACAAGCACCAUAGCCCAAAAAGCUGUCCAGCAUUGGCUUUAAAUAAAAUAGCACCAGGAACAAUUGCGGUACUACUAUCCUUAACAGUUUUACUCGUGAAGACCUUCAACCUCUCGAAAAUUACUAUCCCGUAUCCACCUAGAUAGCAAGAAAAAAGUUUCAGUUAUGUUUCAAUCCAGGGAACUAGACCUCCGUCACGUGUAUAUUUUGUAGACUUCAAAAUAUGAACGGUUUAAUCUGUAAUAAAGCUAUUGAUAUGA